AUGUCAUCCUACUUGGAUUUGAAAUACAGGGAUCUGGAUCUGGAUCUGGAUCUGGAUCUGGAUCCGGAUUAUGAAAAUAUGACAGAAGGACCAGAUGGAGUCGACCAGUACACCUGUGGCAACGAAAAGAACCCACUGCAUCUGUUUCACGCCGUGUUCCUUCCCCUUGUCUAUGGUGUGGUGUUUCUCCUGGGCUUAACUGGAAAUGGUCUCCUCUUGACAGUUCUGCUGAAACGCCGGAGGCACCUGCGCAUCACGGAGAUCUAUCUGCUACAUCUGUCCCUGGCUGACCUGCUCCUCCUCUUCACCUUUCCAUUCGCAGUUACUCAAGGAGUAACCGGGUGGCUUUUUGGAACCUUUCUGUGCAAGCUAUUGGGCCUUAUUAAUCGCCUCAAUCUGGUGUGUGGGAGUUUGCUUCUGGCAUGCAUCGGCUUCGAUCGCUACCUCGCCAUUGUGCACGCCAUCCCCAGUCUCCAGGCCCGUCGGCCUAGGACGGUUCACCUCACCUGUGCGCUGCUCUGGCUCAUCUGCCUAUCUGUGACCAUUCCCAACGUGGUAUUCCUGUCCGUGGAGGAAGACGAGGGCAACCAUACCAGGUUCUCUUGUUCUUACCACAACCAUGGCUUACAUGCAAACAACUGGAUGUUGACCAGCCGCUUUCUCACGCACCUGCUGUGCUUCGUCCUGCCUCUGGUGAUCAUGGGGUACUGCUACACUUCUAUAGUCAUCACUCUUUGCCAAAGCCAGAAAAGUCUGGAGAAACAGGGAGCAAUUCGGUUGGCCCUACUGGUUACAUUGGUGUUCUGCCUGUGUUGGCUGCCCUAUAACAUCACCAUUUUCGUGGAUACCCUGGUGGUUUUGGGGGCUAUGCCUGAGCGGGGCUGCUAUGGUCAAGCCUCACGGGAACGGGCGGUGAUGGUGACAGAGAGCAUUGGUUUUUUCCAUUGUUGUCUCAAUCCAAUCCUGUACGCCUUCAUAGGGGUCCGUUUCCGAAGAGACCUCAUGCAGUUGCUAGCAAGAACACAGUGUCUGCGUGUAUGCCUGUCAGGUCUGCAAAGAAAAAGUCUUAACAGGAUGUCGGUCACAGAGGCCGUUACUUCCACGACAAGCAACCAAUACAUUUAAAAGCAGCUGAGCGGUUUUCUACAUAUUGUUUUUUUCUGGCAAGACACCCCAGGUGAAUAGGUCCCAAAAAAAAAAAAAAUUGGAUAUCACCAUACUUCCCAAGUUGCUUGAUUACAUGCAUAAUUGCAAACAUUUUUUGUAUUACAAGUUUUCUGAAAUGUUAUGUUUAAA